AAGGGACAAAAAGUAAUCAAAGUGAAGAUGAGUGAGUUUGGAUGAAAAGAAGAGAGAGAGCAACAGUUUAUUCUUCCAUUAUAACUGUUUAACGUUCACUUUACUUCGUGUUCAUCAGUUGUUCAUGAUAACUUUUCCAUGUAGUUUUUAAAUCGGUGCCAAUCAUGAAUUUACUGUGUAAACUCCUCUAUUAAUCUGCUUUUAUUUCAAUUACAACCCAAACCGUUGAAAUUUUUAAACCUGGGUAAAGAUAAUGUUACCCUUUCAUGUUAUCUUUGAUCAUCGUUGUUAUCUUUUGGCAAUUAUUUUCCCGGUUCUUUUGACUUCUUGUUAAGAUAAUGUGAUGCUUUUUCCACCAUUACCAGUUAAAUGUUGCUACAAAAUUCUAGUCUUUUUCCCCAUGCUUUUCGUGUCUUUUGGUUACUUUGUGAAUUUUGUAUAAUGUGAAAUGCUCAGUUCCCAGCAUCUAGUGAUCUAACCAUCUAGAUUCAACCUUUUAACUCAACAUUGGUUGAAGAUCAAAUCCAUUAAACUUUCCAUCUUGCUCGUUAUGAAUACUAGCUUUACCAAUUAUACUUUGUAUCAACCUGAUAGCAAUAACCCUUUAACCCUUGUUGAAGAUGAGCCUGACUUGGGUAUUCACUAUGAAACUUCAUCAAAUGGUCGACAUCAACCUUAUGCUCAAGACUGUAACAAUGGAUUUACCGCAAUGUUGACAAAGUACGCCGUUAAUUCAACCCUGAUCAUCAUCAUUUUAGCCUCUGUUUUUGGUAACGUUUUAGUUUGCAUUGCAAUUUACACGGAUCGUCGUCUACGAAAGCUUUCCAACCUAUUUCUAGUUUCCCUUGCUCUUGCUGACCUUUUUGUUGGAUCUCUUGUAAUGACACUUGAAUUGACAAACAAUCUGAUGGGCCACUGGAUAUUUGGUCAAAGGGCAUGUGAAAUUUGGAUAUCAUUUGACAUCAUGUGUUGUACAGCGUCCAUACUCAACCUUUGUGCAAUAUCAUUAGACCGUUUCCUUCAUAUUAAGGAUCCUCUCAGAUACAAUCAAUGGAUGACUAAAAGAGUUGUUCUUGCCUCUAUCGGCCUGAUUUGGCUUCUUUCAGGUCUAAUCUCAUUUGUACCAGUUAGUUUAGGCUGGCAUAAACCGUCCGAUUCUCUUGAUAAUUUAAACAUUGAAACAUUCUCAUCAUUGCCUCCACCACCAUCAUCAUCAUUGUCACCUUUAUCAUCACUCCAACAGCAUAAAAUGUUAUUAACAACAACCACUCCAUCAAUAGUGUUGAAACCUUCAUCGACUGUAAAUGAAACUCAACAGUUGUUACCUGAUGAAUAUCAAUGUGCUCUUGAUUUGACUCCAUUGUACGCUCUGGUCAGCUCAACAAUUAGUUUUUACCUUCCCUGUUUAAUAAUGAUAGCCUUAUACACGCGACUUUACCUUUACGCCCGUAAACAUGUUCAACAUAUACGCUCAAUGGCAAAGCCUCUUCACUUUGAUCCAGGCGAUCGUAGUUCGGGUUCAUCUUCCGCCCGAUCAUCUUCCCAUCACUCUCACAAUUCAGUCAUGGAUCACAAAGCAGCCAUUACCUUAGGUGUCAUCAUGGGCGUCUUCCUGAUUUGCUGGGUUCCCUUUUUUUGUAUGAACAUUAUCGCAGCUUUCUGUAAGACUUGCAUACCAGAGUUACUUUUCAGAGUUAUUACCUGGCUGGGUUGGUUCAAUUCAGCUCUUAAUCCAGUCAUUUACAGUAUAUUCAACACUGAAUUUCGUGAAGCGUUUAGAAAAAUUUUGCUAACUGUUCGUGAUAAUGACUGGUGUCGAUCCUUGUGUAAAAAAAGUGAUUUGUCAACCAGACAUGACAAUGGUCACUCAACAGGACGUUACCUGUCAAGUCACCCUCGGAUGGACAAUUCUGAUAUGCCCACAACCGGAGCCUAUGGUGUAAAAAUGAUGUCCUCAGGUUUCCAAGGUUCAUCCAAGUGUGCUGCAUUGUUAACCUGCAAGUCGGUUGAAGUAUCUUCAAAAGUCAAGGCCUACAUGGACAUAAUACCAAUAAAGGACAAUAUUGAAAUUAUCUGUGAUUCAUCAACCGGAAAAAUAAGCGCAAUCUAAGCAAUACAUAAGACUGAAGCUGGACUCAGCAAAAGACCAUAAAAUUCUUAAAACGGGAAUCAACAGAAAAAAAAGAGAGAAAUGGUUCUGUUAAUCAAGCGAUCUCAAAUGAAUCCAUCAUUUUUCAUGUAAAGAACAAAAAAAAGACAUUAAGUCAAACUCAUGAAUGAAAGUCAAAUAUUGAGUGAAACUUAUUUGUACUGUAACGUCUACUGUUUAACCAAACAAAUUGGUUUCAGUUGAUUAAGUUUUUUGGCUGCCAAUCCUCAAUGAUUAUACAUAACUCACCUGAUCACUUGGUUGCAACUUGGCGCAAAUCGUUGACGUUGGUUUGAUGAAUCUCAAUGUUGGUUCUCGAUGAGAAUUGAUUGAACAAGGAAUUUGUAAAUCGACCAAAGAUGACUGGCAACUCGAAAGAAAAUGAUUCAAUCUUUUCUUUUACAUCGUUCUGCAAACAAUAAAAGAGUUUAUAAAGUGCGCUUAAUGUAUUUUUUGGGUGCAUUUCAAAUGAUGAUACCAAAUGAAAACUCUGUUACAUUUUAUUAGCAUCCAUUAAGCAGCAAAUAAAUUAAAUGCCAAUUGAA